UACAAACACUUUUGCUAUAUAUAGAAAAUAAAAUACAAAUAGGACUCAGGUUUUAAUUUGACUUCUCUGGAAGAGUGGUGGUGAAAACUAUUUCCUGUUUCUCUGAACGCCUGACACAGUUCCUAUAACUCACUCGCUUCCCAACUUUCAGCUUGUCUAGCAGCAAGUUUGCAGCAUGGAACAACUCAACUCCACUGCGGUCCCCUUUAACAUCUCCUCCACUCCUGGAGAUCCAUCUCCUGCGUCCUGGGCCUCCAUCAAACUGGUCUCUGUAGUGGUGGUGUCAAUAUGCUUCCUGCUCGGAGUUCCUGGAAAUAUUGCUGUGAUCAUCCUCAAGCCAAACUGGCAGCACCUGUCCAGUCUGAGCCAGAGUCUGAUGCUGAAUUUGGCCAUAUCAGAUCUGAUCUGCCUGCUCCCCCUGCCUCUGUGGAUUUACACCUUACUGUACAGCUGGACUCUCGGCCUGGUGGCUUGUAAGCUUCUGGCGUAUCUCAUGUACUGCAGCCUCUAUUCUAGCCUCCUGACAGUGACAGUGCUGAGUGUCCAGCGCUACCUACAGGUGGUGCACCUGCAGAAAAUCUUCGACCGGGUUGGAAAGAGGAGGCUUCUGGUUCUGCUCUGGCUGGUUACCAUGAUCCUGUCUAUCCCUGCUUUAGUGGUUCGACAUGUGAUUAAAGACCAGCAUGGGACAGACUGCCACUUCCAGUACUCUUCCCAGUCCCAGCAGGUGGCCGUGAUGCUGACAGAGACCCUGACCGGAUUUGUUGCAAUUUCUGUCGUGGCAUUUUCAUACAUGGGCCUCCACAGAAAAGUGAACCACGCAGCUUUCUUCCACAACCCACAGACCACCCGGCUGGUCACAAGUAUCAUUGUGACCUUUUUUGUUCUAUGGAUGCCAUAUCAUAUCACAAAUGUACUUGGUGUGGCAGCAAUCUCACUCAAAAAUGAAAGAUUUUUGAAGUUUUGCAUGGACAGCUGGUACACUGUUUCAGCAUUGGUGUUUGUUAUCAGCUGCCUUAAUCCACUUCUUUAUGCGUUUGCUUCUAAAAACAUGUGCACUGUGUGCCACAAAAGUACAUAUUGAUACUGUUGUAAAUACAGAAGCUUGCUGUUAAAGAAAGUGUAAAUAUUUUAUAAAUUAGGACAAAUGUACCUGGUGUGGGAGCUAAUUGGCUUAAAAACAAGGGACUGAGGAAGUCACUCUUAUCUAUUGCAGAACCUUUGUGAUGUUAAAAUAAUUCGCAGAAAUAACCCCACCAUUACUAGUGUAACUUAGUCUAAAAAUAUCAGCUGAUACACAGCUUGUUUUUAGCCACAAUUCUAGUGAAUUAUUCCAUAUAAUUAUUUGUUUUACUUCUCUUGAGGUGUUGUGGUGAAAACUGUUUCCUGUGUUCUUUUUACUGUGUAAGUCUGACAAAGAUCCGAUCACUCGUUUGUUAUUACUGUUAUGAUACUGAAAGAGGAUGUUUGUGGUCAGCAAGAUUAAUCAGAGUAAAUGAUCUGCAUCUCAAGCACACCAUUACAGUCAAUGUCUACAAAUAUAUUUGUGUUAAUCUAUAUGUAUUGGUUGUGUUCAAUGUUUAAUGUUGUUCACUUAGCUUUAUUGUUGUGAUCUCUUUUAAGUCAGAUAUUUGAAUAGCCUCUCACCACACUGUUAAGUUGUUGUCAGCAAAGAUUCACACAAGACGCAGGUGCUUGGACGCAAUUUACCAUUCUUACCAUUCCAAAUCAGAAUAAAAAAUAAAAAAGCACACACUCACACACGCACACACACACUUCCUUUUUUUCAAUCUAGAUAAUUUGUUGAAAGAAUAUUUGUGUGUUUACCAUUAGA